GAGGCGGCGGCGUGAGGCAACCAUGGCGGGAGGAAUCAAAGUGGCGGUGUGGUCGCCGGUUGCUCCGCGGCCCUGGUGCCGGGGGACCGGGGGCGGCGUGGCGGCGUGGCUGCUCCUAGUCGUCCUCGGCUGCGUGGUCUGCGGCUCAGCUGGAAUUGAUGUAAAUGUGGUCAUGCUUCAGGAGUCUCAAGUUGAUAUGAAUUCCAGUCAACAAUUCUGUUACAAAAAUGUGCUUAUCCCAAAGUGGUAUGAUAUCUGGACACGGAUACAGGUCCGGGUAAAUAGUUCCAAAUUGGUCCGUGUCACCCAGGUGGACAAUGAGGAGAAGCUGAAGGAGCUAGAGCAGUUUAGUGUCUGGAACUUUUUUUCUUCUUUUUUAAAAGAGAAAUUGAAUGACACCUAUGUUAACGUGGGUCUAUACAGCACAAAAACCUGCCUCAAAGUUGAGAUUAUAGAGAAGGACACCAAAUACAGUGUCAUUGUGACCCGGAGAUUUGACCCCAAAUUCUUCCUUAUUUUUCUCCUUGGACUUACAUUAUUUUUUUGUGGAGACUUGUUGAGCAGGAGCCAGAUUUUCUACUAUUCCACUGGAGUGAGCGUGGGAAUUGUGGCCUCACUAUUAAUCAUCAUUUUUAUGCUCUCCAAAUUCAUGCCCAAGAGAAGUCCCGUUUACAUCAUCUUGGUUGGAGGCUGGUCCUUUUCUCUGUACCUCAUUCAGCUAGUUUUUAAGAAUUUACAAGAGAUAUGGAGGUGUUACUGGCAUUAUCUCCUAGGCUACAUCCUCACCGUUGGAUUCAUGAGUUUUGCUGUGUGCUACAAGUAUGGGCCCUUGGAGAAUGAGCGCAGCAUCAACCUGCUGACCUGGACACUGCAGCUGCUGGGCCUGGCUUCCAUGUUCGCCAGCAUUCAGAUACCACACAUUGCCUUUGCUCUCAUUGUCAUUGCACUGUGCACUAAGAACCUGGAGUACCCGAUUCAUUGGCUGUACAUCACCUACAGAAAGAUGUGUAAGGCAACAGCAAAGCCUGUCCCCCCUCGCCUCCUGACAGAAGAGGAGUAUCGGAUACAAGGAGAGGUGGAGACCCAAAAGGCUUUACAGGAACUCCGAGAGUUUUGUAAUAGUCCAGAGUGCUCUGCCUGGAAGACUGUAUCUCGGAUUCAGUCUCCAAAAAGGUUUUGUGAUGGUCUUUGUAGCUCUGGCUGUCCCGAGUUGCCCCCCACCCCCUUUGGUUGGGAGUGGUUGUACCCAAGAGAAUGUGAAGUUUUAGUUUGGAAACAUGAUAAGCAUGAAGUUUAUAGGGCCAUAAAAGGAAACAAUGAUUCGCUGACUUUGUGGAAGGUUCUUUUCACCUCACGCCAAAUGAAGUUUCUGUUCACGAGCAGGAAUAUGGAUUAGGGAGCAUAAUUGCCCAGGAUGAGGAGCUGUCCUCAGAGGAGGAGGACUCAGAGUGCCCCACUGUCACCCAGAACAGCUUCCUGACUUAGAUGGGAAUCAGUUGUUAUUUUCACGUAGACUGGCGUGGUGCCUUGACGGUCCUUGUGUACCUGCUCUGCAGUCUUCCAGGAUUUAUAAUGGCCUGACAAGGGUCCAGAAGCUCCCUGACUGACAUGAGGGACUGAGUGGCUUGCCCCUGGCCUCCUAGGGGUCCCUGAGGGAAGAGUGGAGGAAGUAGUGAGUGCUUUGGUAGCUUGCUUCUGACAGUUGAGCUGUUGGUCCACUUUGCUGUCCCUGAAGAAACUGGUUGGCCACAGCCAGCAUGAUAUUCUAUCUCCUGUUUGAAAGUUCUCUGAACAAUGGCGACUCUGUCACUGUGACAAACCCUCAGAAAUGAGUAUGAAGUGCAGUAAAGCAUUCAGACCAUAGGCUGCAUCUUCUAAGGGCAUUUCUACAAAUGUGAGCCAUUUUUACUUCUGUCUGCUUGCUAUUUCAGUGGGUGUUUGGAAUAAUCCUUGAUCUGACUACUGAAGAAAAAUUACUUGUGGCCUAUCUUCUUUUUUAAACAAAUUAUUUUUUUAAA